AUGCUGAAGGACUCUAUUAAGUGGCUUCCCAAGUCUCCUAAACUGUACAGUGGCCAUAACUGGAGCUCCCAGGGCUCUCGCUGGGCCUCAUUGAAAGGGAAGGAAAGUUUUCGUGGUGGCAACCUGUACAAAUUCAGCUCUGCUAAUGGAAAAUGGAUAGAAGGAAGGAUCAGUCCUGAGCAAGAAGCAGAGGAACUCGAGGAUCCUGAUGAUGAACCUAUUUCCAAGUUUUCCGGCAGCCUUUUUGAUAGCAGUGAAAGCAUGCGAGAUCAAAGAAAUACCAGAACAACGCUUCAAGAAAGGCACAAGUUGGCAAUGAAAGGGAAGACUCUUGCAGGAUCUAAGCCCAGGGUGCAGCCACCUGUGUCGGCAGCAGGCAGCUUCCCCAGCGAGAGCGGCCGGCCCGCGGAGGAGCUGCUGGUGCUGGAUGCGCCGCAGCCCCCGCUGAAGGUAACCAUUACUGUGUGCAGCCAAAUGGGGAGUCUUGGUAUUAGCAUUGCUGGUGGAAAGGGCUCAUCUUCAUGUAAAGAAAGCAAUGAGGGGAUCCUGAUUGCACGGCUGCCAAAAGAUGGUCCAGCAGACUUGGCUGGUGUACAAGCAGGAGACAGAGUGGCUGAGGCAACCUUUGUUUCAGAAUCUGCUGCUCUUGAUGCUGGUCCUAAUGAAGCUUCCCCCAAGGGCAGCCCCUCCCCGACAGUCAACCAUGUCAUAACAAUACCCCGGAUAAUCCUCACACGCCCUUCCACUUCUGAUGAAGAUGCCGACCAGUUGCCCCCAGACCCUGAGGACUUUGAGCCCGAGGAGCCUGACAGCGCAGAAGGCCAUGCCUAUUCAGACUGUCUGAGCAGUGCUUUUUAUCCUCCCUAA